AAACAAGCGCUGAGUCUGCUAUAGUAAAUAUAGGACUCACGCAUCAAGAAAAUAAGUACCUUAUAAACGGGUUUGACAAUGGAUCAUCUUCACUUCCAGUCCCUCACAAUGACCCCCCCACUUGCCAUCCCCUUAAAAUCCCCAAGAGCCGUAGCCGCUUCCAUCUCUCCUUCAUCGCAGACGCUCCACGACAGGCUGCGCAAGCGAGACUCCCUCUCAGCUAUCAGACAGCCCAAGGUUCUUCACCCAGUCGAAAACGAAGACCUGAAACUGUUGAUACUAGAAAACAUCAGUCAGGAUGCAGUCCGAGCUUUUCAAGCGCAGGGCUUCCAUGUCGACCACUACAAAAAAGCUCUUUCUGAGGAUGAGCUUAUAGAAAAAAUCUCCCAGUACCAUGCCAUAGGCAUACGCAGCAAGACCAAGAUUACAGAACGAGUCAUCAAAGCUGCGCACAAGCUUCUCGUGAUCGGCUGUUUUUGUAUUGGAACGAAUCAGGUUGAUCUGGCCACCGCCGGCAAAGCCGGCAUUCCCGUUUUCAACUCUCCAUUCUCAAAUUCGCGUUCCGUUGCAGAGCUUGUCGUCUCCGAGAUGAUCGCGCUUUCGCGUCAGCUCGUUGAGCGCUCGCACGAGAUGCGCCAGGGAAUCUGGAACAAGCAGUCGAAAGGCUGUUGGGAGGUUCGGGGCAAAACGUUGGGUAUUGUUGGCUACGGGCACAUAGGGUCACAGCUCUCGGUGCUUGCAGAAGCAUUUGGCAUGCGUGUCAUCUUCUACGAUGUCGUCAAUAUUAUGCCCCUUGGUUCGGCUCGACAGGUCGACACCCUUCCCACUCUGUUGGCGGAAGCUGAUUUUGUCACGCUCCACGUACCGGAGCUUCCUGAGACAAUUAAUAUGAUUGGACCACAGGAGCUCGCGCAGAUGAAAGUGGGGUCCUAUCUUAUCAACAACGCUCGCGGACGUGUCGUCGACAUCCCAGCCCUGAUCGAAGCCCUCCAGUCGAACCACCUCGCAGGUGCAGCCAUAGACGUAUACCCACAAGAGCCGGGGUCUAAUGGGGCACCAUUCGACGAUCAGGUUAACGCGUGGUCGACCACCCUGCGCAGCCUGCCAAAUGUUAUACUCACGCCUCACAUCGGCGGAUCAACAGAGGAAGCGCAACGUAUGAUUGGGGAGGAAGUGUCUCUUUCCCUUUCUCGUUACCUGAACUACGGGUCCACCCUUGGGGCAGUUAAUUUCCCCGAAGUCGACCUCCGCGCAAUCACCGCAGAGCAGGGCAACCAUGUCCGUGUCUGCCAUGUUCACAGCAAUCAGCCUGGUGUGCUGAAGCAGGUCAACGAGGUCCUCUCGCCAUACAAUGUCGAGAAACAGUACUCGGACUCGAAGGGCGACGUUGCAUAUCUACUGGCAGAUAUUGCAGACGUAAGCCCCCAGGACGUGAAUAAGCUGCGGGAGAUGAUCAGUCACACGAGCGCGAACAUACUCACGCGCUUGUUGGCUUGAUGUAUAGUCUAGAGGUCCCACUCAACUGGUAUCCUAUCCUUCGAAUAAAGAUGUAUCUUACGUGUUUCCAAGGCGGAAGAAACCACACUCCAAAAUGUCUUACUAGGAUCAAUUACAGAGCU